UUCCCGAUCCCGUUUCCCGCAGUGCUGAGCAUCGGCGAGGGCGGAUUCUGGGAAGGCUCCGUGAAGGGCAGGAGCGGUUGGUUCCCGGCGGAAUGCGUGGAGGAGGUGCAGAUGCGCCAGUACGACUCCAGGCAAGAAACCAGGGAAGACCGGACCAAGCGGCUUUUCCGGCACUACACCGUCGGAUCCUACGACAACUUCACCUCCCACAGCGACUACAUCAUCGAGGAGAAGGCGGCCGUGCUGCAGAAACGCGAGCAUGAGGGCUUCGGCUUCGUCCUCCGCGGGGCCAAAGGUGAGACCCCGUCCCUUUCUCCCGG